AUGGUCCGCAGAGGUGGACGAGGAGGCGGUGCGUCGACGACUACCAAGUACGAACCGUACUGUGAGGACACCAUCGAGGUCACUUCUAUCUACGCGUCGAUGAAGGAGUAUUGCUCCGCCAAAGAGAUUGUCAAGGGCGUGGCGUACUGGCAGGUGCUCUGUGGCAAGAACAAGGUGGACCUGAUCAAUCUCACCGCGAUCGACACCGAGCUCACCCCCCCAUACCUCGCCAGUCUGCCCGUCGUGGCCCCUGACACUUACAACACUUCAGUGGCUGUCACGAGUCCCGUGGUGUUGGAAAAGAGCUACUAUAAACGGUAUCUGCGUCGAUUGGAAGCCACAAUCGACGCCACACCGACGAAUAUUGUCUACGGAUGGGCAUUGAUCGGAUACUGGGGAGGAGUCAUGGUACUGGGCAGUCUGUUCAAUCUGCUCAGGGCAACCCCCUGGUCCUGUUCUCAAGGUCCAGGUUUCCUCGCCACCCUCCGAUAUUAUCUUCGACUGCACCUGGUGAUCCCCGCCACCAUCGGCACAUAUCACCAGCGCGCAUGGUACUGGUGUAGCUUCCCCAAGCGACUGGACUCGCUCAUUGUUUUUGGCUUCUGGGCUAUCUCUAUUGUCCUCUCAUGCGUCAAUUUGGGUACCUUCUCUGGAAAUCCAACGACCCCCGACGUGUCUCAGCAGAAUUGGGUGUAUCUAUCGGACCGGACUGCUGUCUUGUCAUAUGCAUGUCUCUGCUGGCUUUGGAUGUUUGGGGGCCGGAACAAUAUCUUCAUCUGGUCAACCGGCUGGAGCUACGGGACCUUUUCGGUCUUCCACCGCCAUAUCGCUCUGGUGGCCACGCUUGAGGCUGUGGUUCACUCCAUUGGGUAUACCGUCCAAUGGAACGUAUACUCUUCGGACUACAUUCCUGCUUUGAAGGAUUUAUACUUUGUGCUCGGUAUUGUGGCAACGAUCAUCAUGUGUCUCAUGAUUGUUUUCGCGAUUCUUCCUAUCCGUCAGCGAUUCUACGAAUUGUUCCUCCUCAUCCACAUCGCCUUUGCGAUCGUGCUUCUAUACUGCUUGUAUAUUCACACGGCACAGAUCGGGGCGGUGUAUUACAGUGGCUAUCUCUGGCCCCCUGUUGCCAUCUGGAGCUUUGAUCGAUUCCUCCGCCUUGUCCGCCUGGGUUGGUGCAAUGUCCGGGUCUGGUAUGGCCAUGCCAGCCGCACCCAGGCUGUGGUACACUACAGCCCCACCAGUGAUGUGAUGCGCGUGGAUAUCCAGAAUGCCACGGUGCAGGGCGGACCGGGACAAUACUAUCAUCUAUACCAACCCAUGACACUGAAAGGGUGGGAGAACCACCCCUUCACGCUCGGUGCGUUCUCCCCCGGCACCAAUGCUAGCAGCCCCCUCGCCACCCCAGGGCAGGUAGAGGACGGACUCAAGCCAUCGGCACCGCAGGUGCAAGUGACCGAGACCGGCUCAGCAUCAUCCUCCACAUCGACCCUGACGUUCUGGAUCCGCCCCUACGACGGCUGGACCAAGCGCCUCCGCGACCAAUGCAUGCAACAGCCCGGCAACACCAUCAGUCCCCCCCUCCUCCUUGAAGGCCCCUACGGCCACCGUGCCCCACUGCACACCUACCACACUCUCAUCAUGAUCAUGGGCGGCACGGGUAUCGCCUGCGCGAUUCCUUACCUGCAGGACCACCUGGCGCGCCGACGCCGUCAUGCAACCACCGCGACCGUCCAGGUCCAACUCCACUGGACCGUGCGCCAGCCGGCCUUCGUAAUGGAGUUGCUGCAGCGCGAGCUAGCAGACAUCCUCGCGAGCGGCGAGGCGCAGGCGUCCUUCUACUGCUCUCGCAAGGGGACUGUGAAGGACGAGCGUGUUCCCACGUUAGACUCCGCGAAGGAAAAGGGAAUCUCCACCGGCGAGAAACCUCUCCGCAACUCUGCGGUAACAAUCCGUCCCGGCCGGGCGCCCAUUGACCAGAUCAUCGCCGAGGCGGGUGCCGUCGCCGCGGCGGAGAACACGCGGGUCGCGGUCGUCAGCUGCGGUCCGCCCGCUAUGGCCGACCAGACCCGCGCAGCGGUGCAUGCGGCGCUGAAGCAGGGGUGCCGCUCGAUGGACUACUUCGAAGAGGCGUAUGGCUGGUAG